AUGACUUCGGUGACUGGCUCGUUGCCGUUGGUGGCCGCUGCUGCGGCUUCACCUACUUCUACACACAGAGCGUCGCCGCAGGGAGGCAUCUUCGACGGGGCGAAUCCGUCUCACUAUGACCCCAAGCACCCUCUUACCCUCUUCAUCAUUCAGGCCGGCCUGAUCAUCAUCUUCUGCCGACUGAUACAUAUCCCUCUCUCGCGGAUGCGCCAGCCACGAGUAAUAUCAGAAGUGCUGGGCGGCAUCCUGCUUGGGCCGUCAGUGAUGGGACGUAUACCCGGGUUCCGCGAGGCCAUCUUCCCGGAUGAGUCUAUCCCCAACCUCAACCUCGUGGCUAAUCUGGGACUGGUGCUGUACCUGUUUAUGAUCGGUGUCGAGACCGACCUCAGAUCGCUGAUGAGUAACUGGAGAGUAGCCGCCAGCGUGUCAGCAGCGGGAAUGGUGCUGCCGUUUGGUCUGGGUUGUGCCAUCGCAUACGGGUUGUACCAUGAGUUUCGGCAGGAGCCUGGCCUGGCGCCCAUCGGGUUUGGAACUUAUUUGCUAUUCAUCGGUAUUGCCAUGGCUAUUACGGCAUUCCCGGUGCUAUGUCGUAUACUGACUGAGCUGGAACUGCUCAGCACCAGAGUCGGAGUCAUCGUGCUCUCUGCUGGCGUGGGCAACGAUGUAGUCGGCUGGAUCCUGCUUGCGCUCUGUGUUGCCCUGGUCAACGCCAGCACUGGUCUGACAGCCCUAUGGGUGUUACUGACCUGCGUCGGCUUCACCCUGGUUCUUGUGUUUGCCAUCCGCCCCGUGUUUCUCUGGUAUCUGCGACGGACCGGCAGUCUGCAUGACGGACCCGACCAGUCGGUUGUCACCCUUACGCUGCUGUUGGUCCUUUCAGCCGCAUUCUUUACCCAAAUCAUCGGUGUCCAUGCCAUCUUUGGCGGGUUCAUGAUCGGUCUUAUAUGUCCUCAUGACGGAGGGUUUGCUAUCAAGCUGACUGAGAAGAUUGAGGAUGUGAUCGGUGCUCUUUUCCUGCCGUUGUACUUUGCCCUUUCGGGUUUGAAUACCAAUAUUGGGCUGUUGGAUUCGGGGACUGUAUGGGGGUAUGUCUUUGGAGUCAUCUUUAUUGCGCUUAUUGCAAAAGUGACUGGUGGAAUGGUUGCAUCGAGGCUGAAUGGUAUGCUAUGGCGAGAGAGCUUGACCAUUGGUGUGCUCAUGAGCUGUAAGGGUCUCGUCGAGCUCAUCGUCCUGAACAUUGGACUGCAGGCAAAGAUCCUGAGUCCGCGAACGUUCACCAUCUUCGUGGUGAUGGCGCUGGUGACGACUUUUGUGACUACUCCAGUGGUCUCGUACCUGUAUCCUCCCUCGUACCAGAUCAAAGUCGAGCGCUGGCGCCGUGGAGAGAUCGACUGGGAGGGCAACGUGCUUGACUCUGAGCACGACCCGCACAGCGGCGCAGACAGCAUUACCCGACAAAAGUCACAGGGCGCAUCUGUCCGCAAGCUGAUGAUAUACCUGAGGCUGGACAGCCUGCCAAGUCUGUUCACCUUUGUAUCGUUGCUUGGAGCUGGAGACGGGCGGGACCCAGUCGCUUCUCGAACCCAUCAUGCUCACACCAGCGAUAACGAUAACGAUGGCGAGGACGGUGAAGGGUCAGAAGACAGAGGAAGAACCGAGAAUGCGAGACGAGCGAGCAGCAGGCCCAUCGAGGUGCAUGCACUGCGUCUGGUCGAGCUGACUGACCGAGACUCCAGUGUGAUGAAGGUAUCUGAGGUGCAGGACUCGAACUACAGCUUCAGCGACCCGAUUCUCAACGCCUUCCGCACCUUUGGCCAGCUGUACAAGGUCGCCGUGUCGGGGGGUGUGGUCAUCGCGCCCGAACAUGCCUAUGCAGAGACGCUGGUCAACAAAGCCCGCGACUGCGCCUCUGACCUGGUGCUGGUGCCCUGGAGCGAGACGGGAGGUAUGAGCGAGAGACAGAUCCCGCUGCUUGACGACAAGAGCGAGAAGUUCUCGACGGGCCCUCACAGCUCGUUCAUCUUCAACAUCCUGAAGAACUCGAGGAGCAACGUUGGUAUCUUUAUCAAUAAGGGGUUCGGGGGCGCCGGACUGGCACGUCCCAAGCCGGGCCAGAUAUCAAGGACGUUCAGCGGGCACAACACCUACCGAACGAACGACCUGUCGCUGGCUCCAUCUCCCGACAGCGGGCAUCACAUCUUCAUGCCUUACUUUGGCGGUGCAGACGACCAGUUCGCACUUAGACUUGUCCUUCAACUAGCCAACAACUCCUCCAUCACGGCCACCGUUGCAUAUAUGAAUGUUACUUUUAACAACGACAACGCAUCAACGCAGCAACGGCAGGAAAGGGAAGCCGACGCGACCUUCUACCGGUCGAUCCGCGACUCUGUGCUUCCCGAGCUGCGUCCUCGCGUGGUGUUCCAGACGGUCGACUGUGCAUCUUCUUCCUCCGUCAAUGCUCUGCUGGCCACCACCCGCGAGACUGCCGCCCACGACCUGUCCCAGUGCACCGGCAGCAGCAACGGCAGCCUAGUUAUCGUCGGCCGCAACAGCCUGACAGCAAAUACAUCAUCAUCGGCAGCAGUUGUACCACCGCCACCCACUUCUUCUUCUCCUUCGUCACCACCACAAGCACAAGUUCCUCGGCCGUCUUCCUCCUCCGCCGCCUCUACUUCGGCGUCCCCAGAGUUUGGCCACGAGGCAAAGAAGGCGAUCGGCGUCCUGGGCGAAGCCAUGGCAGGCAAGGCCUACGACAUCCAGGCCAGCGUCCUCAUCGUCCAGGCCAGCCACUAA